AUGCCCGCGCGAUCGUCACCGCUCGCGCAGUCAGCAAUUUACGUCCGUCUUGGCAUGCGGCGCUUUCUUCUGCCAUUGCUGCUGCUGGCGGCCGCCGUCAGUGGCCAGCAUAAUGCGUCAAUGUCGUCGUCGGUGUGUACUCCGAUCGAGCUGGACGUCGACUACAGUGGGAACGACAUCAAAGCCACGACACGGACCAACCCGGAGGACUGCUGUGCCGACUGUGCCGCGACGCCGGGGUGCGUCGUGUACGUCUGGAAUGGCGCCUCCACAUGCUACCUCAAGCACACGAUCGGGUGGCAAGGGCCGGCCCCCGGCGCCCGCGCUGCGAAAAACCCGGGACCUUCCUCGCCGUUUUGCUCGCCAGUGCUUGAAAAUACCGAAUACCUCGGCGUCGACAUGUCGUGGUCGCUCCAACGCCGCGCCGAAGACUGUUGCGACGACUGCCGCAAAACGCCGGGGUGCCAAGCGUUUAUGUGGACGCCCGAGGACAACGGCCGCUGCUACUUGCGUCGCCUCGUGGGCGACCCCACACCUCGCGCGGGUGCCCGGUCCGCCCUAGUUAACAAGGUAGCGGCCGUCUGCACGGUCGAGAAGGACGUCGACUACUUUGGCAACGACAUUGUCUCGAUUCCCCGGGACUCGGCCGACGCGUGUUGCGCCGAGUGCGACGCGACACCCAACUGCGUUGUGUAUGUCUGGAGCACAUACACGGGUCGGGGUGUGUGCAACCUCAAGCACACGAAAGGCCUGACGUCCGUGGCGCCCGGCGCCAUUGCCGGCUCAAAAGGUACCACGGGCACCGGCAGCUGUAGUGCCCCCGAGCCGGACGUCGCCUACGACGGGACGCAGCUUGCGACGACCAGCCAUGUGCUCUCGAGCGCGUGCUGUCAAGAUUGCGCCGACACGCCCGGGUGCACGUUCUACGUCUGGUCCAGCGGCGUAUGUAGCCUCCGCAACAACCAAGGAAAGAAGGUGUCGGCCCCCGGGUCGAGCUCGGGGUCGCUGCGCAUGCCCUCGACAUCGCCACCGCCGCCGCAGCCGCCGGGUCCGACCAAAGUGCAAACUCAAAUCUUUGGAGAGUAUCCGCUGCCGCGCAUCGCGUACAGCGUGCUGCCGCAAGCGCGCUGGCUCGAGACGUCUGCGUAUAAGGCGUUUCUGGAGGCGUUCGAGCGGAUCAUGACCAACGAAACACUCCAGGCACAGCACGCGGGGAUGCCGCACGAGCUUCUUCUCGCUGCGUCGGCGCACGUCCGGUAUUUUCCGCGCGUGCGCAGCGCCGGCGAGUGUGCGCUCGUGGCCAGCACAUACGGCUUUUCGUACUUUACCUUUGUCGCGGCGUCGCAGCUUUGCAUGGCGCACACGUUUGCACCGAGCGCGUCGGCGCCGGCAACGACCUGGAUGCGCAAUCAAGACGGCAACUUUCUUCAGUUUGCGCCACAAGAGUUUCCGACGACCUUGGUGCGAACCGUGCCGGCACCGACGCUCGGAGCGUGCCAGGCGGCGUGCACCGACAACUGCGCCGGCGUCGGGUACACGGUCGAGAGUGGCGUCUGCGCUGUCGUCGUGCCCGUGGCCCACGUCGAUGCCGACACCGACGUCGUCGCCGGCUGGGUGCAGAACCCGCAUACGUGGGCGGAGACUCUUAACGGCUUUCAGUACGUCACGAUGACCGACCGGGACGUCGGCGACGAAAUCUACAAGCGCGUUUUGGCAACCAACAUCCCCUCGGUUGUUGCUUGCGCAGCGCUCGUGGCUGCUCAGGCGGACGCUGCCGUGAACGUUCUCUUCCUCUACGACGAGCCGACACAGACCUGCUGCACGGUGCCGACGACAACAUCGCCGCUCCGAAGUAUCCAGUUUGUUAACUACCCGACGUCACCGAUUUCGAUUGGGCGGCGUGUGCUGCGCGGCUUGGCCUCGACGCUUGUUGUGCCCGCACUCUCGUACGACGACUGCCACCGCCAAUGCCUUCCGUCGGCGUCCAACUGCUUUGCGUCGUCCUAUUAUACCGAAAAGUGCACCUUGUACACAGCUUUGUACCGGCCGCGGUCGACGCUUGGCGUCCUCAGCCCCAAAGCCUCGCUGCCCGUGGCGCCACCAACGCGCACGUCCUCGGCGCUCUUUCUCACGGCGCACCAAGACGACCACGAACUUUUCGUUUCCGGUCAAGUCGCCAAGGCGGUCGCUGACCCCGACACUGCUGUCGCCUUUAUCUACAUGACUGCCGGCGACGCCGGGUCGACCAACGGAUGGUACGAAGCGCGCGAAGCGGGUACGCUCGCAGCGACACGCGUGUGGGUGCAGGCGGCAGGGCGCUUUGACCCGGUGCAGCGCACGUCGUUCGUCACCGUCCUUGGGCACGUUAUCACCAAGGUUGAGAUUGGCAACGUUGCGCACUACUUCUUACGCCUCCCCGAGUUCGGGACGAUCGACUUGUCGAAAUAUGGGACGCCGGUCUCACCCAUGAACCGGCCCCAAGAGGUCUAUGCGACCGAAGCCGACGUGCAAGCCGUCCUCUUGGCGAUCGUCAAGAUGGAGGCCAAGGGCCGCGCGACGCUGCACAGCCAGCAGUAUGGGCAAGUGGAUCACUUUUUGCAUGCGAUGACUGGCCGUCUCAUUGCGAGUGCGGUGGCCACCGACCCGACGCUGUCGACAUGCCUCAGCAUAGCGUACUACUGGGGCUAUCAAAAGUGGCUCGACCCUGUCAACCUCCCGGACAAGCUCACGAUUGAGCUCCAGCGCCGGGCGUGGCUGGCGCUCAGCAGCACCGCGUCGCGCUUGUACCCGAGCAUGUCGCCAUGGCUCGACCAUGUUUCGGUGCUUGGCCGCGAGUAUGUCGCGUCGUCGCUUGUGCGCACCAACCUCUGCCCUGCCUGAGCCCAAUGCUGCUAAGCUCACGUUAUAUAGCUUGUUGUGCGCUG